ACCAUGCCUUCUCCACCAUUGGCUUUUUGUGCACUCUACUAGUUCUUUUAAUUCAUGUUUCAUGGUUUCAAUGACCACCUCUGUUGUCAAAUGGAUAGAGCACCUCCCUGGAGAGUGGAAGGUUGGUGGUUUGAUCCCCAAACCACAUCAAACCAAAAGAUGUUUUAAGAUGGUAUUUUUUGUUACCCUGGCACUAAGUGGUACUGGUCAGAGUGAGUAGACUGGGUGUAAUUGGGGUUUCAUGUUAAUUUGACAUGGUAUCUCAGAGAGCUAGUAUGUAAAUUCUAUAUUUUUGUUUGUGCAGUGAUAACAUAUAUUUUCCUAGCUUCACAACGUCCCCUGCCAUGUCCUGCCAUAAAUACAUUUGCUCAAUAUCCACUUACGUAUACAUAUCACUUAUUCUCCAUAGUAAUUCCCAGCUCACUUCCAACUCCCCUCACGUAAACAAUUCUCUGUAUCAUGUUACAUUUAAGCUAUCCCACAAUACACCAUUUUAUCCUCUGCUCAUGCCCAGAACUACGGACAUGACAUCACAAUGUUUUCUUAUAUUAACCCAAACAGUCUCGAUAUCAUUUACAUAUUUCUGUCAUUGUUUAUAGCAGCUGCAGCGAUAAUCCUUGACAAUCCCACGCAAUCCAUUGUUAUCAGACAACAUCCGUCAGCUACUCAUGCUUGCAUGUGGCUUUGACACCUCAUCAUGGCUGAUAAACGAUCCAACAAAGGCAAGAUCACAAGAUCAAGUUCAGCAACCCCGUUAGAGUUAACAACAAUGGUUUGACCACUCAACCCGAUCAAGAUGGCAGCCGACCUGUACGGAACCGUGUCAACUGAAGUGAACCUUAUCGCACAACUGCUGAUUUACAGGAGUUAUUGGUCAGACAAGGAGUUCAUGUACCGGCAUCAUGGAACAGACGAUUUUUGCUGCAGUUGCUUAAUGAGAACCUACGCCAUAGGUCUCUGGGGGACAGUACGAUUACGACAUCUGCCAACCAUUCCCACCCACUCCUGGCAGCAGAGUCUACUCGCAUGCAGAUAACAGACAACGACGUAAACAGUCCAUCCUUGCAUCCUGACAUGUUGAUGAACAUGCAUGAUCAUGAGAUCAUCCAGACAGGUCAGACAACCGUGCAUAGUGCCCCCCCUAGACAGUUGAAUCACUGCAACGUGAGAUUGCUGAACACCAGUUAAUGGUGUAUUGACGCUGUCAACAAACCCCCAGCCAUUCACAAGUCAACCAGACAGAAAGUUGCAACUUUACAGGAAUUAAUCCUAUCACCAAUUCCCCAGGAUGGAUGUGCCAUCAGAUUCCCUGCCACAUAUCAACACAGUGGCACCAGCAGUUAAGAAGAAGAUUCAAGAGGGUAAAUACUGCAACUUAGCAUUGUUACUUCUACCCACCCAAGAUGCUGUAGAAGCCAGGGUGUCGGAAUUUGAUGGGAAUGUGUACCAACUAAAAGAUGACCUCAGGACUAACACAUCACUCACUUGGGGAAGUUUAUUCAGGCCUUCGGAAUAUCUAUGGACGUGUACUGUGAGCAUAACGAUGCUAAGAAGAAACAACUUGAUGACUUGAGCAAACUGUCAUUGAAUUGUCUACUAUUUAUCAUGUUUAUGGUGGUACGACACAUUAUGACUAUCAUAAACUAUUCGCAUCAAGAGUGGCAUCGUAUGCUGAGAAAGGAGUACACAUAAGAUGGGAUAUGCGUGACCAACGCCUGUACAGUUUGUGUUCUUCAGGACUGCGCUCUCGAGCAUGUGCCGUAUGUCACAGUAUCACUCAUAGAACGGAACUCUGUCCCAACAUUGUCGAGAAUUCCUAUCGGAAACCACCCAUAAAGCAGGAACGGAUUAUCAUAUACGACAGGAAAGCAGGUGGCGGCAUGGACUUCAGGGGCAGACCAUGAGUUAAGAAGUAUGGGAAAGAAGUGUACAACAAUUUCAAUGAUUUGGGGGUGUUCACGCAAUCCAUGCCCCUUCCUCCACAUGUGUUUGGCUUGUAAUUCCGAGAAACAUGGCCACAAGACCUGCAAGCCUGAGAACAAGAAGAAGAAUCCAAAAUGACUGUCUGAUAAUGUGCAGCAUGGUAUGCAUCAUUUCCCCCUAUCAAUUAGACCUUACGCCUGUCAAUGUGGAAGCGCUUAAACAUGAACUGCUACUACAUCCUGACCAGUCAUUUGCAACCUACCUGAUGCAAGGUUUAAAGCACAGUUUCAAUCCCAUGAUCGAAUCUAUCCCGCAGGAGACGGUUGAGUGCCGAAAUAAUCUCAGUGCUAGGAAGGAACCUUUAUCCGUGUCCGAGGCUGUUCAGAAGGAAGUUGAUCAGGGGUACGUUAUCGGAGCUUUUGAUGUAUCACCUUACCCCAUCUAUAGGGUCAGCCCUCUUGGUCUUGCCGAGGGCAAGUAUUUGAAAAAGAAGCGCCUGAUAUCGGACUUAUCAGCCCCUCAUGACAAUGUAGACAUAUCUCGUAAUAAUGGACUUAUAGACAUGAUAGAUAAGGAGUCAUGUUCAUUAUCCUAUGUGACAGUAGAUCUGCCAUCUCAGUGAUCUUACAGCUUGGUAGGGGUACCCAGAUGUGCAAAACAGACAUUACUGACGCAUUUAAGCAAAUCCCACUGAACCCAGACUAUUGGCCCUAUUUCCGUUUCUGCUGGGAUGAACAGUAUUAUUUUUACACCAUUCGGAUGUAGAUCAAGACCCAAGAUUUUUUACACCUUGUCACAAGCCUUAUGCUGGAUACUGGAGCACAACUACGGGAUCCAACAUGUACUACACCUGCUCGACGACUUCCUGGCUCUUGACCCACCGGGAUACGAUGCUAAUCAAACUCUGCAGACCAUCCUGAAGGUGUUCCACAAAUUAAAUAUUCCACUAGCAGCCCAUAAGACCCAAGGACCUGUUACUGUCGUUGAAUAUUUGGGCAUCAUAUUAGAUUCUGACACAAUGACUGCACGCCUUCCAGAGAAAAAAGUGACUAGAAUUGCUGAGAUAUUAUUAACAUUCUCCAGACAAAGAAAGGGUACCAAGAGAGAACUGUUGUGGCUAUUGGGACAUUUGAAUUACACCUGCCGUGUUAUUUUGCCUUGGAGGUCAUUUGUGUCAUACCUCAUCCACAACAGUGACUAAGUUGCACCAUCACGUCAGCUUAUCAAAGGAAUGUCGGACCGAUCUCACCAUGUGGAACAAGUUCCUCAGAAGCUGGAAUGGCAUUUCUCUUUUCCAUGACAAGGUAGUGACUGACACACAAGACUUUAAUCUAUUCACUGAUGCAGCAGCCACAGUUGGACAUGGAGGCUACUUUCAAGUUCAAGAGAUUUCAAGCCCUGGUUCCACAAGCAGACGUAUCACCACACCAGUGCCCACCCAGCUCUCAGGUCAUGUGGACUUAAACUACUACCUCUAUCACCUGUGGUCAGCAGCCAUCAGCCAAGGUACCAGGUCUGCCUCCAAUACUGGCUUCAACUGCUACAUGAACUUCCUCCUGAAGUUUGGUCUUUUCUGCACCCUAUCAAGAUUCAUAUUGCCCCCAGUUAACAAGAGCUAUCUUCAGUAUUUCAUCGCUCAUUGUUUUGGUGUGCUGAAACUGCAACACUAUACAGUCAAAACAUAUCUAGCAGGCAUACGUUUCAGUUACCUGCAAGCUGGAGUGACAACUCUGUUCGAUGAGGCCAGUUCUGGAGCCUUGAACAGACUACAAGCCUUGAUGAGGGGUUUCAAGAAACUGCAGACAACUUCUUCCAGGAAACGCCUUCCUAUCACCUAUCCUUUAUUAAGUAAGAUCGUGUACCAACUCUGUGCAGGUAUCUUCGGACCUUAUGAUGACUUUGUGAUGGAAUGCAUGUGUGUAACAGCCUUCUUCGGCUUAUUCGAUGUGGAGAAUUCACCUGCUCUUCUAAGUUCGAUCACCGAGUUCAUAUUAGUAUGAGCGACAUUGAAUUUGAUCGUUAUAAGAGAAAAUGUGUCCUAAUGCUGAAAGC